UCACACGGCACACCUGUGACACCUUAAUCUACACUCAGUUAUAUGUCCAGCUAUACUUUAAGUAGUAUCUAUUAAUCUACACACACACACUCCGUCUCCGAGGUGUAUAUUUUCCAGCUUCUGAACCACUAAACAACGAUGGCGCCUUCAGUUCUGCAAAAUGGUGGAUUCAUCUUGGGUCUCAUCGGUGCAACUGCCCUCAUUGCAGCCACAGCCAUGAACAACUGGAGCGUGAAGGACAGGCAGGAGCAGGUCGUGACCUCCGUUUAUACCUACAAGGGUCUGUGGCAAGACUGUGAGACGACCUCCGCCGGACUCACAGAGUGCCGCCCGCUCUACGGCCUUCUGGGUUACUCAGGUACCUUCCAGGCGGUGCGAGCUCUGAUGGUAGUGGGUGUGGUGCUGAGCGUGCUCGGGGCGCUGAUAUCAGUUUUUUCCCUGAGCUGCCUCACAAUGAAUAAGAUGGCAGACAGCGCAAAGGCUAAGAUGAGCCUCACUGCUGGCAUCAUGUUCGUCAUCGCAGGUGUGUGUGGCAUUGCAGGAGCUUCUGUGUAUGCCAAUCAAAUUGUGGAAAGUUUCAGGACGUCCACCUACACCAGCUACACGCAAGAGAUGAUGGGAGAGGGGAUGAACAUGGGAAUGGGUGGAGUAGGAAUAACCACUUACACAUUUGGCCCAGCACUGUUCGUUGGCUGGAUCGGAGGGGGCGUUCUGCUCAUUGGUGGCAUCCUGAAGUCUCUCGCUUUCAGAGAGAUGAUAAAGGAUGAGAAACCACGUUACCCAGGGGUUGUGUACAAACCUCAGUCCAACAAUAAAACUGAAGUGAUGGAUCAUCGGUCAGAGGGAGGCAAGAAAGAGCAACAGUAUGUGUAACUUCAGCCACAGCGUUAACACGUGUAGUCUGACUUUACUAUAGAAAUGUGUUUCCAGCUUUACACGUUCAGUUUGCCUUAUAAGGGGAUUUAUUUUCAUUUGCUUCAUAUAUGCAUUCAAUUGCACAUUUUUAUUUUCUGAUAAUAGAAGUUCGUAGUGUCUCACGUCUGUCCAGCUGCAGGUGUAAGGAAAGAGUUUUUGGCUAUAUAAUUUUUUUUAUUUUUUUACAUGGAUAUAACAGUGGUUAUGUGAUGCUCAGAUGCUGCAUGUAACUGAAGCCUCUUUUUUUUUUUACUUGAGUUUUGUGUAAUCAUUAUCUGUCUGAAAAUAAAACAGUGAUUC